AUGGCUUGCAAGGAAAGCAGGGCUUGCGAGGACAGCACAGCUUGCGAGGACAGCACAGCUUGUUGCGAGGACAGCACAACAUUCAAGGACAGCACAGCCUGCGAGGACUGCACAGCUUGCGAGGACAGCAUAGCUUACGAGGACAGCACAGCUUGCGAGGACAGCACAGGUUGCAAGGACAGAACAGCUUGCGAGGACAGCACAGCUUGCAAGGACAGCACAGGUUGCGAGGACAGCACAGCUUGCCAGGACAGCACAGCUUGCGAGGACGGCACAGCUUGCGAGGACAGCACAGCUUGCGAGGACAUCACAGCUAGCGAGGACAGUUCAACUUCAGAGGACAGUUCAACCUUGCGAGGACAGCACAGCUUGCAAGGACAGCUCAACUUGAGAGGACAGCUCAACUUCAGAGGACAGCUCAACUUGAAACGACAGCUCAUCUUGAGAGGACAGCUCAACUUGAGAGGACAGCUCAACUUGAAAGGACAGCUCAACUUAAGAGGACAGGUUAACUUGAGAGGACAGCUCAACUUGAGAGGACAGCUCAACUUGAGAGGGCAGCUGAACUUGAGAGGGCAGCUCAACUUGAGGCGACAGCACAGCUUGCGAGGACAGCACAGCUUGCGAGGACAGCACAUUUUGCGAGGACAGCACAGUUUGCGAGGACAGCACAGCUUGCGAGGACAGCACAGCUUGCGAGGAGAGAACGGCUUGAGAGGACAGCACAGGUUGCGAGGACAGCACAGGUUGCAAGGACAGCACAGCUUCCAAGGACAGCAAAGCUUGCGAGGACGGCACAGCUUGGGAGGACAGCACAGCUUGCGAGGACAGCACCGCUUGCGACGACAGCACAGCUUGCGAGGACAGCACAGCUUGCGAGGACAGCACAGCUUGCGAGGACAGCACAGCUUGCGAGGACAGCUCAGAUUGAGAGGACAGCUCAACUUGAGAGGACAGCUCAACUUGAGCAGACUGCUCAACUUGAGAGGAAAUCUCAACUUGAGAGGACAGCUCAAUUUGAGAGAACAGCUCAACUUGAGAGGACAGCUGCACUUGAGAGGACUGCACAACUUGAGAAGACAGCACAAUUUGCGAGGACAGCAAAGCUUGCUAGGACAGCAAAGUUUGCGAGGGCAGAACAGCUUGCGAGGACAGCACGGCUUCUCACAGAGGUUGGGAGGUCAGCUCAGCUUGCGUGGACAGCAGAGCUUGCGAGGACAGCACAGCUUGCGAGGACGACACGGCUUGCGAGGACAGCACGGCUUGCGAGGACAGCACAGCUUGCGAGGACAGCACGGCUUGCGAGGACAGCACAGCUUGCGAGGACAGCACAGCUUGCGAGGACAGCUCAACUUGAGAGGACAGCUCAACUUGAGAGGACAGCUCAAUUUGAGAGGACAGCUCAACUUGAGAGUACAGCUCAACUUGACAGCUCAAUUUGAGAGCACAGGUCAACUUGAGAGGACAGCUCAACUUGAGAGGACAGCUCAACUUGAGAGGGCAGCUGAACUUGAGAGGGGAGCUCAACUUGAGACGACAGCACAGCUUGCGUGGACAGCACAGCUUGCGAGGACAGCACAGCUUGCGAGGACAGCACAGCUUGCGAGGACAGCACAGCUUGCGAGGACAGCACAGCUUGCGAGGACAGCACAGCUUCCGAGGACAGCACAGCUUGCGAGGAGAGAACGGCUUGUUAGGACAGUACAGGUUGCGAGGACAGCACAGGUUGCGAGGACAGCACAGCUUCCAAGGACAGCACAGCUUGCGAGGACAGCACAGCUUGUGAGGGCAGCACAGCUUGCGAGGACAGCACAGCUUGCGAGGACAGCACAGCUUGCGAGGACAGCACAGCUUGCGAGGACAGCACAGCUUGCGAGGACAGCACGGCUUGCGAGGAAAGCACAGGUUGCGAAGACAGCUCAGCUUGAGAGGACAGCUCAACUUGGGAGGACAGCUCAACUUGAGCGGACAGCUCAAGUAGAGAGGACAGCUCAACUUGAGAGGACAGCUCAACUUGAGAGGACAGCUCAACUUGAGAGGACAGCUCAACUUGCGAGGACAGCUCGAGAGGACAGCUCAUCUUGA